AUGCAUUCUGCACUCGAAGUAAAUGCUACUAACAAAUGUGAUUUGGACUAUGUAGUAUCAGAAGGACAAGAACCUCCUCCAGAGAUUCCUGGUGAUGUUUUCGAUCGACAACGUGUUAUGAAAGAUUUUCAUCAAUCAUUAGUUGAAAACCAAUGCGUUUUUGUACUAGGAGUUGGUGGUAUUGGAAGUAGUAUUGCUAUGUCUCUAGUAAGAAUGGGUGUUGAUAAUAUUUAUUUACUUGAUCGUGAUUAUAUUGAAGCAUCAAAUUUAAAUCGACAAAUCUUAUUUAGUGUAAAUGAUAUUGGACGAUCGAAAGUAGAAACAGCAGCUCAACAUUUGAAAUCGAUACACAAUUUACGAAGUAAUAUAUAUCAUUAUCAUACAGAUGCUGUGAAAAAUUGGUCUUCUGUUGUUGAAAUAGCAAAGAAAUCAACAGUUAUAUUUAAUAAUAUUGAUUAUGGAGCUAUAUUUGAUUAUGCAGUCAAUUCAUUAUGUAAAUCAUUGGGAAUUAUCUAUGUAUCUGGUUCGACAUAUGCUAAUAACAUUGAUAUUUGUUUAUAUUCUGGUUUAUUAAACGAUUCAUGUUGGUCAUGUAGUAACCUUACUCAUGAUUCAUUUAAGUUUUCAAAUCAAGAGUUAGAACAUUUCAAUGAUAUUCGAUCAUUUCUCAAACAAAACGCUUUAAUAUCAGGUGAAAAAUCUCAAUCGAUUAUAGAAGAAUGUAUAAAUGAGUUGAAUAUUGUAUUACCUUCUCAAUCACAGUUCUCAACAUUAUUUAUGCCUCUCUAUCAAAAAAAAGUACUUCAAUUAUUAUUACCUCAAUCUAUACAGAAUUAUCAAUCAAUUGAGUUUAUUCCCAAAGAUCGAUCAUUUCCGACGAGAACAGUUGGAAGUUGGAUUGGUGUUUGUUUAUCAGGAUCCUGUUUAAUUGUAAAUACAUGGAUUAAAUAUAUAAUGAAGAAUAAAAAUUCCACUUUCGAUAUAAAUAAACCAUUUCAUAAUUGGAUACAAAUUAAUUUAUCAAUGUUUGAUGGAAGUUAUUACACAACUGGAUUUCCGAAUGAACAAGAUCCUAAUUGUCCCAUUUGUUCUAAUGCUAAGCAAAUGGUAAAGCAAGAUUCAUAA